ACGAGAUGGAGAUUUUGGGGAUUUCUUUCUCCGAGGGAGGUCGAGAGAACUCUCAUUCUCUUCGUCUCCUGGUCUGGAGGCGACGCCGACGCGGCAGCGAUUCGACCUCGCCGUCGUCGGUUCGACGUCGAUUUCGAUCUGUGAGUUCGGGCUUGCCAUCGUUGAUUCGCCAGUGAUCUAUUCCUUUAUCCGAAGCAAGCAAGAGACGUCGUACGUCGAUGGCUGGGGCAGAAGUCAUCAUGCGUGCAUGGAAUGAAUGGGGCAUCCAAGCACUGGUGCUUCUCAGCUUGACGCUCCAGGUCUCGCUCCUCGUGCUGGCGGAGUUCCGCCGGUGCGUGAACUCCGGCGUGCUUAGGUUCUUCAUCUGGUCGGCGUACAUGAUGGCCGACGGGACUGCCAUAUACGUCCUCGGCCACAUGUCCGUCACCAGCAGUUCGCCCCAGCAUCAGCUGAUGGCCUUCUGGGCACCAUUCCUCCUGCUCCACCUCGGUGGGCAGGACAGCAUCACCGCCUACGCCAUCGAGGACAACCGUCUGUGGCUACGCCACCUGCAGACGCUCGCCGUGCAGGUGGCUGCAGCUGGCUACAUCCUCUACGAGUCCUCCAUUGUUGGCAGCCAUUCCUUGCUCCGGUGGGCCACCAUGCUCAUGUUUGUCGCCGGUGUUGUCAAGUACGGGGAGAGGGUGUGGGCGCUUAGGUGCGCCGAUAGCAGCCAGAUGGCAAAGAAUUACCGAACUCUUCAAGUAUCCUCCAGAGGUUUUGAAUGCUCUUACUAUCUUGACAAGAUAAUUUCUGGACCUCCGUGGGACACAGAAACCUACCUACUGAUGGCUCACCGAAUGCUGGAGGUUCCCAGGAUUUGGUUGAAGGGGCCGCCGCAAAAUUCUCUGUCUCAGUACCCUUUUGCUUCGAAUUUGAGUGGGAAGGAUCUGUAUAAGGUGGCCGAGAUGCAGCUCUCCCUGAUGCACGACAUCUUCUACACCAAGGUAGAGGUCAUCCACAGUAAUUUGUAUGGCCUUUGCAUUCAUAUGCUUCCAGCCAUGGCGACCACCGCUGCAUUCCUGCUGUUUCAGCUGGUGAUACUAGGCCGUGAGGGCCAUGGCUACGACAGGCUAGAUGUGGCUGUCACUUAUGUCCUGCUAGUUGGCGCUGUCAUCCUGGAGACUGCGUCCUUGUUGCGGGCUAUGUUCUCGAGCUGGACAUGUCCUCUCUUGGUGAGGUGGAGUCGCCAUAAGCGCGGAAUGGAGGACAAUACUGUAUGUAACAAUCUGGGCCAUACAAUUACGAGCCUCCGCCGGCUCGUCCGUGCAGCGCAAUGGAGAAGAAGGUACUGGUCGUGCUCCAUGGGGCAGCACAACUUGCUUCGGUUGGGCGUUGGCAGCACGACCAGCCGAAGAAGCAAGAUGGCAAGAUGGAUGGGAGUUGAAGAUUGGUGGAACACCAAGGCUUACUCGUGGCCCAUCCCCGUCUCGGAGUGCAUCCAGGAGCUGUUGGUGAACCAAGUAUUGGAGAGAGAAGGUACUGCCUCCUCCUCGAUCUCGAUGGUGUUGGACGAACAAGAUCAAUUUCCAAUUCCAUCAAAAGGAGAAGAAGAGGAGGGCUCUGCCUCUCAUGGAUCAAGACCAGAAGCAGACGCAGAUGAUCAGCUUUUUGAUUCAAAGGGUCGAGCGGAGUUGAAGAGAUGGGGACUGUACGAGGGUGGCCAGACCUUGAACGGGGAGGAGCGGCUGACCUGGAGCGUGGAGGAGCGCAUCCUUGUCUGGCACCUCGCCACUAACAUCUACCUCACCUGGUGGAACAAGAAGCAGCAGAAGCAGGACAAGCAACAACCCAUGGCCAAGGCGGCCGAGGCGCUCUCCAACUACAUGAUGUUCCUCCUCGCCGCACGCCCCUACAUGCUGUCUCCCACUGCCAGCCGCGAUUCAUACGUCGAGAUGGCCUACGCUCUCACCCCCGCCGGCGGCCUGCGGUACGACUCAACCGAGCAAUUGGCCAGCUUCCUACGGACCUACGGGGAUACACCCGAGUAUGAUGCUCGUGGUAGGCUACGACACAGGUACGGUUCCAACCUUGAUUUUACAACACAACACCAUCUCCAGCUGGUUUUAGACACAGGAUGUGAGCUCGGUGCAAAGCUCAUCAGCCAGGACGAGUUACAAGAGGCAGGGGCAGACGGCAAGCUAGGCCUCAUCGCCCAAGUCUGGGUGGAGGUCUUGUGCCACGCGGGCCAGCAAUGCAGCGCAUAUUCUCAUGCCCGGCAGCUCAGCAACGGCGGCGAGCUCAUCACCGUCGCUGCCCUCCUAGUGGAAUACGUCACGAAACGUAUCCUAACGUUUCCUCGCUAAUACUCCCAACCACCAACAACCUCGCUCAUCCACCGACUGUUGCAAUUCUCAAGAUUAAACCUUCCUUGUUUCAUUUUUCUUGUUCUUAGUCACUGCAGCUCAUCCAGUUUUUUCUGUUCAAGUCGUUUUCCUUUUUACGUACGUUGGAGUCAGGCCAAUCGGCCGAAGCAUUGUAUUCCUAAGGCGUGCGAGAGUAGACAACUCCGGCUCGGACGUCCGAUGUUUGGGAGAAAAAUCGGGCGCUGACGUCUUCAAAACAAGACCACAAUAUAUUCCGACGAAAUUUUUUUAAGCU